AUGAAAGCCAAUGUUGUUACUUCUGAAAGCAUUGAAGUUACAAAUAAAUCAAAGAAGCCAGUUCCGAAACCAAGGUCUCCAUCACCAGUGCUUCAAGAUGAAUCCGCAAAAAGAACUAUUUCGCAGCCCCAGAAUUCAAUCCCACUUUCAACUCCCAUUUUCAUAUACUCAACCGUUCCUACAACAACCUCUGUUACAACUUUACCAGAAGUCCCUAUUAUCAAAUCCGUUUCGGAGGAAAUUAGGACUUCAGGCAUCCCUGGUAACACAUCUGAUGUGGAGCCAAAUGCCAAUAUUGGUGUCUCUUCUGAACCAUCCUCCUUUGUUCCACCAACUUUGCAUGAGGAUGUUGUUGAGAAGGAUGAUCAAAUGUUACAUCCAGGAGAUGUGGAAAUUACAUAUGUUCUUAAAAGAAAACCUACAUUGACGUCUGCUGAACAACCCCAAAACAUUGAAAAAAUGAAGGGAGGAUCGAUUAAUAAGGAACACUGGAGCAUUGUCUACAAGAGAAAGGAAGGAGAAGUGAUUAAGAACCGCAUGUUAUUUCUAAGAAAUAAACACGUGUACUCCACAAAUGCUCUGAAAACAAUCUUAUCUUCAGCUGAAUCAAACAAUCCAAUUCUGCUAUCGAUGUCAAAUGUGUUUUUGAUAUGA